CAAAUGGAGGUGGCUUUCAUGGAAAUGGCAAAGGGUCGGACAAGUGGUGAUGGUAUGGAACAAGAGGAUCUGCAAGAGAAAGUCGGGGAACAAGCUGUAGCAGCCCCUCAAACUGAUAAUCAGGUCAGCGGUGCUAAUGACGUUGAGGUGUCGAAUAUACGAAAAGAAUCAAUAACUGCAGCAUUGGACAACAAACAGAAAACGAGAAAAACAUCAAGCUGCUCAAACAGCGGCAAGGCCAACAAUGGUCUACCAUUGCCCGGCCUGCACACCCUCUAUCGUAGGCCAGAAUGUAUUACACGAAGUUUAAAACCAGUCGUUCCUAAGGGUGAAUUGAUAAUGAUGAAACCCAGACUUGUUGAUCCCGUAAAUGCUGUUCCAGAACAUAAAAAGACAAAACCACCCAAAUUUAUACCCUUUGAACCAUAUCCAGGUGCUGUUAAUCCCAUUGUGCCAAAAGCUCGUAGUGGUUCGAUUACACCUAGAACGGGUAACACAAAUUCGGUGAAAGCAAAUCGCAAUAAUUUGGACAUUGGUGUGUUGGUAUCACAAAUGUCCAGCAUUAGGACACAGGAGUUACAAGAUGCCAGCGGCACAGAGGCGACUUCCGAUAGUAGCUAUCCCCAAAAUACAUCGACUGUCAACUCAGAAGAGUUGGAAAAACUGAAAGAGGAAUUGAAAAAAGUCAAAGAGGAACGAGACUAUUUCCAGGGCCAAUUUAAGUUUCAAACUCAAGUCAAUGCAGAACUGAAAAAUCUUCUCGUUGCCUCGGUGGGAGAAGAUUUACUGACUAGAGUCAAUGUAUUGACUGAGGAUAAACUUCAAUUGGCCCGUGCUUUAUUGGAUACAGCAAAGAAUUUAACCACUCACACUGAACAAAUUGAAUUCCUUGCCGGGCAGUGUGAAGUAUGGCGUUCGAAAUUUUUGGCAAGUAGUGUUAUGGUGGAGGAGCUGGCCCGUUGGAAGGCCGAUUUGACACAGAAAAAUCAAAUGCUUACCGAAUCGACAAAGAAGCUGUUGCACACCACCCAUCAAUUACGACAAAUGCACUUGGAUAUGUUGAAGAAUUUAAAAUUCUUAGCCAAGAUACGUUAUCUCAAUUUGCCAGCUACGGAUGUGGUUAAUUUAGCCGUAGAAAAUUUAAAUAUUUUACAACAAAUGGUUUUACAUUCCGGUGUGGGAAUGCCCGAAGGUGACUUGACAAUAUCCUCGGCAUCCACUUCACCACUCUGUGAUUCAGAAAAAUAUGCUGUACAGGCAUUGGAAUUUAUUAGUCAACCUCUGAUGGCAACGGAUGAGGCCAUUAAAGCCUUGUUUGGACAAACACAACGACCAUAUGUCAUCACGCAACAAAGUUCCGAGGUGGUGGCGGAACAAAAUAUAGAUGAUACCAAAACGGUAGAAUAA